AUGGGCUCGCGCCGGGUCCGCGCCGUGCAGCUCGCGCUCUUGCAGCUGCUGGCCGAGGCGCCUGCGGCGGCUCCUCCUCCUCCUCCUCCAAGGGCUGCUUCCGCCGCUGCUGCAGCCGCCCGCCGCUGGCUGAGCGCCCGGCCGGCCCGCGCGCCCAGGAUGGAGUACCAGGAUGCCAUUCGGACUCUAAAUACGCUCCAGACGAAUGCCAGCUACCUGGAGCAGGUGAAGCGCGAGCGAGGAGACCCGCAGGCGCAGCUGGAAGCCAUGAAAGGGUUCUUGGAACGCAGUGGGUUAAAGGUCGAAGAUCUGGAUCAACUGAACAUAAUUCACGUCACUGGAACAAAGGGCAAGGGUUCAGUGUGUGCCUUCACAGAACGUAUCCUACGCAACUUCGGCUUAAAGACGGGUUUCUACAGCUCUCCACAUUUGGUCCAGGUGCGCGAGAGGAUUCGAAUUAACGGGCAGCCUAUCAGCAAAGAGCUCUUCAGCAAAUACUUCUGGCAGGUGUAUAACCGGUUGGAGGAGACCAAGGUUUCUGAGCAUGUAGCUAUGCCAGCGUACUUCCGCUUUCUGACCAUCAUGGCUUUCCACGUUUUCUUGCAGGAAAAGGUAGACCUGGCUGUCGUUGAGGUGGGCAUUGGCGGCACAUACGAUUGCACCAACAUCAUCAGGAAACCUGUUGUGUGCGGGGUCUCGUCUCUGGGCAUUGACCAUACAAGCAUCCUGGGGGACACCAUUGAAAAGAUAGCGUGGCAGAAAGGCGGAAUCUUCAAGCCAGGGGUGCCGGCAUUCACAGUGCCGCAGCCAGACCGGCCCUUGGAAGUUCUGAAGGAACAGGCUCAGAGGAACUCGUGCCCUCUCUACCUGUGCCCAGACCUGGAUGCCUUUGAAAAGGAAGAAAAGCCUCUUCGGCUGGGGUUGGCGGGCGACCAUCAGCGCUCAAAUGCUGCUCUGGCCCUGCAGCUAGCCCAUGUGUGGUUGGAGCAGCAAGGGUAUCUGGAUAUUGGUGAGUUGAAGGAUCCGUGGCCCAGCCCUGAGUUGUCAGCAAAGACGCCCCCUCCGUUGGCCCCUGUCUUCAAGCCCGGAGAGCCCAUGCUGCAAGGCCUUCAGGCAACGGAGUGGCUCGGCCGCAACCAAGUCCUGCAUCACGGCCCUGUGACGUGGUACAUCGAUGGCGCCCACACCACCACCAGCAUCCAGGCCUGCGUGCGCUGGUUUCGCCAGGCUGCUCUCAACGAGGAGAAGCCCACAGAUGGCUCCGAAGUCCGAGUGCUUCUCUUCAAUGUGACCGGUGACCGGGACACCGCAGCUCUCCUGAAGCUGCUACUGCCUUGCCAGUUUGACUAUGCUGUUUUCUGCCCCAACUUCACUGAAGUGUCUACUGUGGGCAAUGCAGACCAGCAGAACUUCAACGUCACACUGGAGAACGUCCUGACACGCUGCCUGCAGAACCAGACCUAUUGGAAUCGCCUGAUGGAGGCAAAGGUGGGCCAGGACCCUUGGCUGUCUCCUGCCGCGGAGGUGGAAGGGGUGGGUGGGUGGCUGAAGCCAGCCCCCCUUCACGCCUCCCUGAUCUUCAUGCCUCCCUCUGCUCGGCCGCUCAACUCCAACUCCUUGGUUUUCCCGUGCCUCUCCCACGCUCUGCAGUGGAUCACCCAGGGCAGGGACCCGCACUUCCAAGCCCCGGCCUCCAAAGGGCUCCACCCUCACCCCGUGGCCAGCAGUGGGGCUGUCCUGCUCAAGGAAGCGGCCACCAUCCGGGUCCUGGUGACUGGCAGCUUGCACUUGGUGGGCGGAGUCUUGAAGCUGCUGGAUCCAUCCCUCUCGCAGUAG